UUGCAUUUGCAUGAGAAUUGAAAUCUGAUUUCUGGUAGACCUAUUGUUGUUUCUGCGACAAAAAUAUUUUUUUUUACAAAAAAGUAAUAAAAUAUUUUAAAACAAGUUUUAAUUAAACAAUUUUCGUAAAAAUUAAUGUAAUUAUAUUUAUUAAUAAUACAGAACGUUAAUAGUUUUGCUGGUUUUAUUCUCUAAUUAACGUAGAUACCGAGUAGUGAUUAAAAUAUAACUAAAAAUAAUUUCGUUUAGGUACUUAACCAAUAAAAAUUCUAAGCAAUAAUAUCUAUAAUGAAUGAUAAUACAAAAUAUAUACAUGACGAGUAUAUAAAUAGUGUAUUGGAAAAAAUUGCAAUUAAAUCUGACAUAGAAUCGUGGCACUAUGAGAAACAGUUUUUCCAAAAUGUUGCACAAAACUAUUUUGGAGUAAUUCUUCCAGUUAAGUUAAAUGGAAAAAAGGAGGGAAAAGAAAUAUCUUUAAAUCUGGUACUCAAAUUAGCUCCAACUGAUGAAAGGUAUCGUGUAAGUGGAGCUGUAACCAGUUUCUUUCAGCGGGAAAUAUUUAUAUACUCUGAUAUCUUGCCUAGCUACAGGAAGAUCCGAAAUGAGAUUACUACUUUGUCAGACUUUAUUGUACCAGAAUGUUAUUACUUAAAAAAAGAUUAUUGUGAAGAAGUAAUAACAAUGCAAAAUAUGUGUGCCAAUGGGUACACACCUUUUGUAAAUGAUUCUAUACUAGACAUUGAACAUUUGGUGAUAUCAAUAAAAUGUUUGGCAAAUUUUCAUGCUCUUUCUUUUAUAUUAAAGAAGCAAGAAAGUCAUCUAUUUAAUAUUGCCCAAAGCACCUGUGUUCCCUUAUCUAGAAAAGAAAAUGAACGGUUUUACACCAUAUUACAAGACAGAUUAACUAAAGCUUUAAAAGUGUUCUCAAAUACUCAAUAUGUACCUGCAUUAGAGAGAUUACAAAAGGACUGUGAUAAAUUUGUAGAAGCAUGUUAUAAGUCUGUUAAUGCAUUAGUACUAUGUCAUGGAGACAUUUGGAAAGAAAAUUUACUGUUUAAAUAUGAGCAUGGGACACCGGUAUCUGUGUGUAUGAUUGAUUACCAAACAGCAAGAAUUUCAAGCCCAGCUUAUGAUGUUUUAUAUCUUAUUAUAUCUAGUUCAGGUCAAGACCUGCGUAAUCAACAUUAUAAACAACUUCUGGACACAUAUUAUCAGACAUUGAGUGAAAACCUGUUGGAAGCUAAAAUUCCUGUGAAUAAAAUAUAUUCAAGGCAAAUGUUUGAUGCUGAUUUAAUUGCAGUUGCACCAGCUUGUCUUGUUAUAGCGAAUACAGCAAUUUGGCUGUCUAGUGGAUGCCAACAAGACGGACAUGUCAAAAGUAAAAUUGUUUUAGAAACUGAAGAAGACAUACAAAAAGCAAUAUGUUUAUAUAAAAAUCGAAUGACUGCUAUUUUAGAUGACUUAAUCAGCUAUGGAUAUUUAAAAGAUGUUUUGGAAUAAUUUAUGAAUAUGGAGUAAUAAUUGAUAGAAAUUGUAUGUACAGCCAGUAAGUAAAUCGUUAUUGGUGAAUUUUGAGUUUAUACUCAAACUAUAAUAAAAAAAAAAUACUCAAGUUAUAAAAAAAUAUUAAAUAUAAUAUAAUUAUUAUUAAUCUAACAAUUUUAUUAUACCAUUUGUUAAUCUUUUGUUAUAUAUUAGGUUACAUAUGAAAUUGAAGUUUUGUCGUACUGGCCACUUUGACCUCAAAUAUCUCCUCUUUGGUUAGGAAUUCCGAAUUAAAUUUUUUACAGCUUGUAUGUACUUGUGCAUUUGUUUUUCGAAAACCAUGAUUUAUUUUAUUUUCCCGUUUUGUUUUUUGUUUCUUUACGUCACUCUAUUUAUAAAAUGGAAAACAUGAAAUAUCGCGUUAUUUACGAGUACGAGUUCCACCGCGGCACCAGUGCUGCAGAAACGGCUCGAAAGUUGUGUAUGGCGGCGGUGUCGCGUGCGUAUGUGUGCGUUUUUAGUUUCAACGUUUUUGUUCUGGAAAUUUCGACCUGCAGAACAAGCCCUGUGGACGGCCGAAGACCAAAGUUGAUAACGAAGAAUUGAAUGAAAGACCUAAUUAAAUUCUUAAUUGAUUUAUUUAGUGUAGUCGAAAUUGUACUUUUAACCUUCUCACUAAGUUUAAACUACGUUAUCUCGGUUAAAUAUUUAUUGGUAGAUAUCUAUCGGUGUGUAUUGUAUCUUCAGUUAAGCCAUACAUACGAUAUAAAUCUAUGUACAUAGUAUCUACUUCUAUCCAUGAUUAUAUAUUGGUAAUUUAUUAUAUUUGCAAAUCUUGUACUAUAAACAAUAAA